AACAAAAAGGGUUUCAAAUAAUUGGAAAAUAAGAUAUUUUAGAAUUUUAAUAAUACUUUGUUCAAUUUAUCCUUACAAAAUCUCUGGAUAGUUACUGUUAAAUAAAAAUGCCUUCGAAACAAAGAAAGAUAGCUAUGAUGGGUUACCGUUCAGUGGGUAAAUCUUCUUUAAUAAUACAAUUCGUGGAAGGCCAAUUUGUUGAUUCUUAUGACCCAACAAUAGAGAACACAUUCACCAAGUACAUUCGUUUGAAUUCGACGGAAUAUGAAGUUAAGCUAGUAGACACAGCCGGUCAGGAUGAAUACAGUAUAUUUCCACUUCAAUAUAGUAUGGAUUUUCAUGGCUAUGUAUUAGUCUACUCUAUUACAUCAAGCAAAAGUUUUCAAAUAGUCCAAAUCAUUUACGACAAAUUACUGGACAUGGUUGGCAAAAUUCAUGUCCCAAUAGUUUUAGUUGGAAAUAAAACAGAUCUUCAUUUAGAAAGAAAGAUAAGCACAGAGGAAGGUAAAAGAUUAGCUGAAAAAUGGAAAGCUGCAUUUGUUGAAACAAGUGCUAAAAGAAAUGAGUCUGUAACAGAUAUGUUCCAUGCAAUACUAUCAGAGAUUGAAAGAUCAGAUGGUCAUAUACCUGACAAGAAUGCAUGUGCAAUAUCCUAAUGAAGCGGCUUCAUGGUGAACCAUGCUUUUACUUAAGCUGAAGUGAUUUAGUUCUAUUAUGCGCGCGGCUGUUGUAAUUUAUUUUUUAAGGUCCAAACGAAUAUGUCACUGACUAUAAUGUUAUUAUUUGUAAAUAUUAACAUAUCAUGAUGACAUUUACCUAUUAUUUAAGUUUUAAUAAAACUUAGGAAAAGAAAGGAAAAUAACGAGAAUGAAGUCGACUUUUAAAAAUAAGGGACGGAGUGUCUAUUAAUUGUGACGCAGUGUAUUCUCAACAAUCAAUGUUAUAAAUAAUAUUUUAAACACAAUAUUUUUUUUUGUUGAUUUGUUUUUUAUGUAUUGAGGCAUCAAUAUUCAUUGGGUAUUGACUUUUUUUUUUAUUUUCUUUGAUCGUGUUUGAGGAAUAGACUAGCUCAUUACAGAAAACCAAUUUUAAUGGAAAAUAAUCUGUAGGUAAUUACCAAAUUUUAAAAUUAAAUACUUUUAGACCUUUUUGUCUUCAAAUGAAGUCCGAUGACACCAUAAACUUGAAAAGUUAUUACAUUUACGAUAAAUUAUAAAACAACAGUAAAUGCUUAAAAAUAUUUAAAAUAUGCUUUUAUAUUGGUCUAUAGUUACCUAUUUAAAAAAAAACACACACACACACUUGCUUGCUCAAUGCUUUUUGAGUUUAAUGGUUGACUUUAUUAUACGCGUACAAUAGUCGAUAUGUAACAUACGAGCUUUUUUCUUAUUUAAUGACAGUAACAGUGAAGCGGCUUUUAAAAAUGGUUAUUGUUUGUAAAUAUGUAGGCAAAUUUUAUGUCUAAAAAUUAGUGCAAUACUGAGCGUUUGGGAAAAGUUCUCGAAGACGAAGACGGGAUGAUUAUUCCAGUCUUUCGUGGAAUACAUUUCAUUUAGAUGGCGAUUUACGAAUAAUUAUUCUAAAUAUAACUUACCAAAUUAAUAUAGUUUUGUUAUAGUAAGCGGCACGUAAGUUGGCAAGGUUUUGGUGUAGUGGGGGUAAUCUCGCGCAUAGUGCACAUUGCAACAAAAAAAAUUUCACUUUUAUUGCCCGCAUAUAAUUUAAUUUUAUAAAUUUUUUUAUUUGCCGUAAUUUAUUUUUAAGCCUGUACCUAUGCUUAGACAACUAGUAGGCGUAUGUGUAACCAGGAGCGAACGGAAGGUGGACGCGGUGCGGGAGGGGAGAGUCGACUGACUCACCAAUCGCGCGCUCGAAACGGUGCUACGUCUUUCCCCGCGUCCCGCUUGACAACCAAAGAGACCUAAAAAACGACUUCUGCGCAUCUAACGACUCUUGCCAAGUUACGUGCCGGGGACUAUAAUGUAGUAAAUUAGCAGAUUUUCGCCACCUCCGAACGAUGAUCAUUAACUACUCGCAAACAGCGAUUCAUGUUCGCUCUGAAAAUUUUAUCAUGAAUUCUGAAAUAGUGUAAAUUAGUGUAAAUAAAAAGUUGAUUUGAUCGAUGACACUAUUGCAUUAAUUAUUUUUGAACACAAAAACUUACUAUCACAAAUAAAAAGGUAUGAUGCUUAUAUUGACUUUGCUUUGUCGAUGAUAGAAACUAUCAAUUAAUAUGAUUGGAAUUGUAAACCCUGUUAUCAAUAAUACCCCUACAAAACUUGGGUGUUGGAUGAGCUUUUUUCAGAUUACACACUCAAACGCAUCAUAUGCUAGCAAUGCACCUUUUGUACAGUUUAUAAAAUGUUAUUUUUAAAAUAAAUUAAUGCUAAUGUUAUAAAAUGAGACUCAUAACUAAUUUUUAAUUCGAGUUGUUUUAUUUAUACCUAGCAACUAUCGAUUAACUAACUAGCAAAUAUACGAGACACAGUUGUGCUGUGACAAAUGGAGCUUUGAACUGUAAGUUACUAUUCAUCAGUACAAUAUUGAUACAGUUUUUAAAUAUACUAAAUAUAUAUUUUGAUUUAUACAUUAUAGUUUCAGUGACAUAUUUCUACGAAUAAGUAUGUUUGCAUUUGAUUGAAAAUAUUUUACCUCAUAAUUUAAUCCAUAGUGCUUUUGAAUAUUUGUGACGCAACCGAAUUUUAAUAAGGGAGAAUAAAAAUCAUGUUACAUGCAAGUUUGUAACCAAAGCGGAAUUUAUAAUGCGGUAUCACAGAUCCGAGAAUAAUUAUAUUUAUUGAAUUUUGUAACGAGGAUGACUGCUUCUUACUAUGGCUUAUAAUUCGUACCGUGACGUCACGUACACUGGCCUACAGCAUACCGAUUCUAGUGAUUAAGCAAUUGGAUUCUAGUGAUUAAGCAAUUGGAUUCUAGUGAUAUCUUGGUAUCUAUUCUAGAGCAUCUAAUGUAUUAAUGGGUGUCUAUUAGAGAACUCUGCUAAGGUGGCAAUACCUACGUUUUUAUGCGGCUACGUUUCAAAAUCGGCACUGAAUGUAUCUUUCAAAGCCACUUCAUCAUAUUACUAUAACUUUAAAUAAUAUAGCAUAGUAGUAAUUAUUUUGACGGUAAACGGGAUUCAAUGGGAGAUUAAUAAUAGCCGCAACUGAAAAUUCAAUAGUAUUUCUAAAAUUGUGGAACACCUAAAUUAACAUUAGGGAAUGCUCAGUUUCACGCCAUAGUCGAUGUCAAUCACGAAGGCACGGCCAAGCCGUCGCUUGCCGCGCAUUUUUCGCAGCUCAUUUGAAGCAUGUGUCAUAGCAACCCCAUCAAUUUCUUCUGGAAAGCAGUAUGUAAUUUCUUUCGGCUUAAAGAAUUAGAAAACUGUUAUACAUUAUAAUUUUGACGUGAACCUGAUGUUAUAAUCUGGACGGCAGCAUUCUCGCGAUUUCUUAAACGGUUCCGGGAACCUCUUAAUGAUAUUUAGAGGUGGUCCAUAGAUGAAUAAAUAGUAUCAGUACAGUUGCAUCUAGAUGCGCAUUUAUUAACGAAUAUAUAAACACCGGGAAUAGGGUUCUCACUAAGUGCCGCGUCCGUACAGGAUUGUAGUUUGUACCUCUAUUGAAAUUGAAGUUAAUGUUCAAUUUUGUUUACUCCAUAGAAAAAAAAAUAUCUUAAGGUGUGUGACGGUUAUUCACGUUUUGAUUUAGACUUGUUUUUAAGUAAUUUUCCUUUUCCUCAACAGUUUGUUAAUAUAUAAUAAUUUAUUUUUUAUUAUGUAGUUAGCCUAAUUAAACAGUUAAAGAUACGUUUUUACAAAAAAUGAUUUUCAAACGAAUUUUUCUUGGGGUGUUAACCUCUAGUCUAGUUUUGUUUACCGUCGCACAUGACCGUCAGCAAUGCAAGGGGCACAUGCAAACCGCUGCCUAUCGCAAUGAAAAUUUGAUUAACAUAAUGUUCUUAAUCUUUCUUGUAUAAUAUUAGAUAUAGUACGUAUUCGGGAAUAAUUGACUGUUUUUUAUUCACUGCCGGGUUUUUUAAGUCUAUUUUUAGCUUAAAUAUUUAACUUUAGCUUGAGGUCCACGUGUGCCAAGUGCUUAGCGGAGCCUACAGACAUUUUUGUUAUCCACGGUUAUGUUAUCUUGUCAGAAUUAUAAUUAAACUUCUUUCUUUAUUUCUAAUUAUUUCUUGAGAUUGAAACGUAGAAAAAUUCCUUUUAAUACCAUAGAAGCUUCAUGUCAGCGAAAAGGGCAGCAGUAUCCACAUUUUUGUUUUUUGUUUUGAUCAUAACAGCGCCAUGUGGACCGUGUGAUUAUUACCUUUGUAUAGUUUAUAAAUUAUAUCGGUCCUUCGAAAGUUUGUUGAAUCGUAUUCGUAAUACAUGCAGUGAAAAUAGUUAACUUCAAAGUUGAAUGAUAUUUAAUAAAAUUUGUGUUAUAAUUACAUACCUUUUAUAGCUAGUCAACUUAAAGUAAUUUCUUCAAUUUUAAUAUUGUUCGUUUUUUUCUGUUAUUCUUGUUUGUGUACAAUUUCCCUUUUCUACUCUAUUUAAGUAACUAAGAUUUUUUUAGAAUACGAAAGUGUAGAAAUACCGCCAUCUCAAAAUAAAUGUAAAAAAAUAUUAAUUUUUUAAGUAACUACAAAAUCCCGACAUUGGAGGCAAAAGAUAUGUUAAGCAUUGCGAUUUUUGAAAUUAUUUUGGGAUUUGCUUAUGGACAUGCCUUCUUUGUAGAAUCCUUAUCCUUAUCCUUAAAAUAAUAGAUCUAAAAAUUAUAGUCUAGAAUUAGAUUAGUAGAGAAAUAGAUCUUAAAAAGACAAAUUCUUCACAAGAAUGAAAAAGUCGCAUAUAAGGGUCAUAACGAAUAUCUUUCUUGAUUAUUUCGAUCAGUUAACUUUUACUACAAGCCGGAUUAGGGAAUUUUUAAUUUAUUUAAUUUAUGUUCUAAUUGGCAUUUGCAAUACGAACGAAAUUAAAAAAUUUUAGACUUCGACAUAGUUAAACCUAGGCUCCAACUGGUUCUGUUCUAGAUUGGUGGUUCACGAAAUCUGAAUGUAAAACUAUAACUGCCUAUAUAAUUAUUAGGUUAUCAAAUGAAUAGUUUUUUCUAUUCGUGUUGAGGUAAUGGUUAUUAAUGAUCGUUCUGCAAUAGAAAUUAUUUUUGUACACUGUACAAACCGUAGUAACCAGGAGACUGACUGACGACAGUCUAAAAUAUAUGUUACCCUUUUUAUUUGUAAGCUGAUUAGAUAUUUGAAAGUAUGUUAAAAAUUACUUUAGAAGAUUUACGUUUUAUAAGAAUAAUAAAAUAUAUUUUCCCAUAACUACCUAUUUUUAUGUAUAUGUAAUUUUAUAUGAAUCAAACCACGUCUUGUUAAUGUGUUGUCAGUUAUUGUGUACCAAAAAACUUUUCAAGAUACACACAACAGAUAAUGUAUUGAUUUUCUUAAAAUUAAGACCAAGAUUUAUGGCAGUAGUUUGGAGAAGUAUGGAAGUAAUUUAGAUUUAAGCUUGUAAAUGUAAAUUGAUUUCUAUCGUUUAUUGUACAGAUAAAAAUACUUAUGUUUUAUUUAAAGUUUAGCAAUUUAAGAUUUACUAUUAAGUGAAUAUUAUUUAUAAUAUUGGGUUUCAAAAGUAAUAAAGAAAACGUUGUUACAAAACGGGUAAAAUGUACAUGAAUAAAAUAGCAACAUUGUUAUUUCGCUAAAAUUAUGCGGCAACACUUUCGAAGGUAACGGGAGUGAAAAUUGUAUAUUAAUUUCAAACCUUAUCCCUGUACUUGUCAUGGCUUGAAUGGCUUG